AUGCUCCACUAUAUCAACACUUUCGAGCUGACUCUCUCCGCUACGAUUGGAAGCACCCUGAAUGACCUCGAAAGCAAGAUUUUGAACCCAGUUGGCAGGGGGAGCUGGAACUCGCAACGAUAUCCGCUUUAUAGUCAUCUGAAGUAUUUGGAUGCUGCCAGCUGUCUGACGCCUAGCCGCGUCAACCGCACAGCCCAACUGCUCGUUCAUAUCGGUGCUAUGAAAUAA